AUGGGUUCACAGAGACAAGGCGUACGGGAAGGAAUUUCUAAUGUUAACUACGAGAGGGAACAGGAAACGUUUAUGGCUACCAUGAACGACGUGGCUAAAGUAGUGCGUGAAGCUGCUGUAGGAGCGGCUAGGGCUGUUGAACGUCUCGGAGUGAGAAAUGGGAACGAGAAUGAAUACGGAGAAGAUAAUGGAAACGAUGAGAACAACUUAGGGCAUCCUGAAAGACCUAUGACCCUUGCGACCUUUCUGAAGGUUAAUCCGCCUGAGUUCAAGAGUACACUCGUUGCGACUGACGCUGAUAAUUGGUUUCGAGGUAUUGAACGAUCACUGAGGGCGCAGCAUGUUCCAGAAGGACAACACGUGGAGUUUGCUACUUAUAUGCUCGAGGGAGAAGCUGAGUACUGGUGGCAGGGGAUACAGCGACUGCUACAACAGAAUGAAAAUAACAUUCCUUGGGAUAUCUUUAGGGACGAAUUUUAUAGAAAGUAUUUUCUGGGAGCAGCACGAGAUGCUAAGGAGAUGGAGCUUAUGCAGCUGAGGCAAGGGGAUAUGACUGUUGCUGAGUAUGUUCGUAAUUUCGAUGAUUUGUGCCGUUUCUCCAAGAUCUGCCAAGGGAAUCCUGCUGACUUUGAAGAAUGGAAGUGUUUGAAGUUCGAAGGGGGCCUUUGUGUUGAUCUGAUGAGUUCAAUAGUUUCGCUGGAGAUACGUAAUUUUGCCGAAUUAGUCAAUAAGAGCAAGUUAGUGGAAGAAUGUAUUAAGAAAGUGACUGUGGCUAAAGUGAGUCGCCAAGGAUUUCCACCAAGGCGUCUUAGCAAUCAUCAGACAGCUGGGAGAAGGGUGCAUUUAAAGCACGUGGCAUAUGACAGCAUAAGAACCUACAAGUUGGUAACAUUACUGAUUGCCGUAUGGUUUGGAUCACCUAACUGCUAUGCUUGUAGAGAACUUGGACAUAUUGCCAAGGAUUGUCCAAAGGGAUUUACUCGAAAUCCAGUUAGCACUCAACAACAAGGACGAGUGUUUGCUAUCACUAUUGACAAUGUUAUGCAAUCGAACACCCUCAUUCAAGGUCAGGCUAUGUCAAGAAUCGAUUUCUAA